AUGACGUCUACCGAUAUCGCUACACGGGAGCUGGAGAAUCCCAUGGACCUCACUGAAUACCUGUUUCGGCGCCUGCACGAGGUCGGUAUUCGCGCCGUCCACGGUGUUCCCGGCGAUUACAACCUCUCGGCACUCGACUACCUCCCCAAGUGCGGCCUCGAUUGGGUCGGAAACUGCAACGAGCUCAAUGCUGGCUACGCCGCCGAUGGCUACGCCCGUGUGAAAGGCAUCAGUGCUCUAAUCACCACAUUUGGUGUCGGAGAGCUGUCGGCUCUGAACGCCAUCGCAGGCGCAUACUCUGAGUUUGUCCCAAUCGUCCACAUCGUUGGUCAGCCAACCACACGAUCGCAGAAGGAUGGGAUGUUGCUCCACCACACUCUCGGAAAUGGCGAUUUCAAUGUCUUCAACAAGAUGAGCGCGGCAAUCUCUUGUUACGUUGCUCACCUGAAUGACCCGCGCGAUGCGGCAACCCUGGUUGAUAGUGCAAUUCGCGAGUGCUGGAUUCGGAGUCGCCCCGUCUACGUCACUCUCCCCACCGAUAUGAUUGCCGCCAAGGUCAAUGGAGAUCGCCUGAACCAGCCAAUUGACCUGUCUCUGCCCGAGAACGAUCCCGAGAAGGAGGACUAUGUAGUCGACGUGGUUCUCAAGUAUCUCCACGCGGCCAAGAACCCGGUCAUCUUGGUUGACGCUUGCACCAUCCGUCACCGUGCCCUGAAAGAGGUGCAACAGCUGGUCGAGGUUUCUGGCCUACCUACCUUUGUCGCCCCAAUGGGCAAGGGCGCAGUGAACGAGUCCUACAAGAACUUCGGUGGUGUCUAUGCUGGUAAUGGCUCGAACGCAGGUGUGCGGGAGGUGGUCGAGUCUUCAGACCUCAUUCUCAGCAUUGGGGCCAUAAAGUCGGAUUUCAAUACGACCGGAUUCACGUAUCGCAUUGGUCAACUGAACACAAUUGACUUCCACAGCAACUAUGUGCGCGUACGGUAUUCCGAGUAUCCGGAUGUCAAUAUGAAAGGCGUUCUUCGCAAGGUCGUUGAGCGCAUGGGCAAGCUGAAUCUCUCCUCCAUUCCUCAAAUCCACAACAAGAUCCCAGCGAGCGAGCAGAAUUCCAACCAGACCAUCAACCAUGCCUGGCUGUGGCCAACCGUCGGCCAGUGGCUCAGGGAGAAGGACAUUGUCAUCACGGAAACCGGUACUGCCAACUUUGGCAUCUGGGAAACUCGCUUCCCUGCCCAUGUCACGGCAAUCAGUCAGGUGCUCUGGGGAAGCAUUGGGUAUUCGAUGGGUGCUUGCCAGGGCGCCGCGCUGGCCGCCAAGGAACAGCAAAACCGGCGUACUAUUCUGUUCAUCGGGGAUGGAAGCACUCAGUUGACAGUUCAAGAAAUCAGCACGAUGCUUCGGAAUAAGCUGAAUCCUAUCAUAUUCGUCAUUUGUAACGAAGGUUACACUAUUGAGCGGUACAUUCACGGAUGGGAGGCGGGCUACAAUGACAUCCAGCCCUGGGACUAUGCCAAUAUUCCCAAGGUCUUUGGGGGUGCUGAAGGGUACAAGAGCUACCGCAUCAAGACCAGAGACGAGUUGAAGAACCUAUUCGCCGAUAAGGACUUUAGCAGCCCAAGCAAUCUUCAGCUGGUUGAGCUGUACAUGCCUCGCGAUGAUGCUCCCGCUGCCUUGAAGCUAACUGCUGAGGCUGCGGCCGCGCGCAACAAAUAG